AUGUCCAGCGAGGAGUGCGACCUCCUCAACCCCACCGCCCUGCUGGAGGGCUUCUACACCCGCACCUACCCCACCCGCGCGGAGCUGCAACGCGAGGUCGGGGUGACCGUCCCCGAGGACAACCUCCACGAGAUCGUCGCCGAACUCCGCAAUGAGGUCGACCUCCUUGCGGUCGAAACGGAGCUGCUUGAGCUCCACGGCUGCCCCGCGGCCCGCGGGAGGAAUUCCACGAGCCUGACCACCCCGGACGGCGCCCCGACCUCGUCCUCCGCGAACGAGGACGGGGGGACGAUUUCCAUCCUGGGCUUCAGCUCCAGCGGCGCCCUCGCGGCGUCGAUUAAGCGCGACGUCGACGAGCUCGCGAGCAGCGCCGCGGCGGUGUCGAUAUCAAUCCCCCUGCCCGACUCCAGCCCCGCCCGGCGGGGGAAAAAUUAUCAGCGAAAGACGGACGACUCCACCGGCCGUUUUGUCAACAUCGCGGACAAAAUGGCGAUGCUCACGAAGGAGGAGGAGCGGCUCGUGGCGAUCGAGAAGAACGACGAGACCGCGGCCGAGCAGAUCCGCGAGUAUCUCAUCGCAACCGCCGAGGAGGCCGCCCGCCGCGCGAAGGAGCUUCGGCUGGAGCGCAAAUUAUUCGCCCGCGGGGUCCUUUCCAGCGAGGACCCGCGGCUCUACGACGGCACCCUCUCCAGCACCCUCCUCGACAACGUCGAGGCCUCCGCGGACGAGCUUUUGCGAUACCUCGAACGCGCGCGGAGCUCGCAUGGGAAAUAUCAAGACAAGCUCCAGAUGCAGUGCGGGGCGACCGAGCAGGAGAUCACGCGGGCCCUUCAUCGACUUCGUCAGCACCAGGUCGCCGGGGAGACCUUCCGCCCGGUGGACUUCGAGCAGCUCGGGAUCGAAAACGAGCAGUUUAACGAGCGCGCGGAGCAGAAGAGCGCGGAGUUGGUGGAGUUGAAAGGGGCCUCCACACGCACCGUUCAGGCCCUCAACGCCACCACCGACGCCCUCAACGACCUCGUCGCCGAGCAAAAUCAGCUGAAAAAGGAGUACAAAAGCCGUUGUGAGUACCUCGCGCGGUGCACGAAGGAGAUGAGCGCCGUCGCCAAGGAGGUGGUCAGCGCGGAGAAGAAAAACGAGGCGAUCCGGGCCAAACACGAAUCCGUCCGGGCCCCAACCAUCGAAGAAUACAUCGCCCAGCGCGCGGAGCUCUUCGAGCUCCAAAAGGCAGAGAAAAACUGGCAACGAAAGGUCGAAAUCGCGCAGGGGCAGAUGCGGGAUUUACGCCGGAAAGUCGCCGCUCUGAAAUCCAAACGAAGGUCCGCUCUGGCCUAUGCGAUGGAGCGGCAAAAUCAACGAGCGUCGAAUUUAAAGGCAGCGACGCGAAAUUUACAACAAUCUACGCUUAAAUGCCCCCCCCUGAUGGUGGGCCAGCAGUCCAGAGCGGACGGCACCGAGGGCUCGCCCACUCAAUCUUCAUGCGCACCCCUCGUAGCAAGUUCAAAAUCCCUCCUCGACGCGAAAAGGCAAACAAAAAGGUAG